GAACCCGAGCCUUGGGGAGGAGGGUCACGAGGCUGGGGCCGGAGGAAGGAGGAUGGCCAGAGCCUGUAGGACUUGGAGCACAGGGUGGGUGACCCUGUGCUGAUGUGUCGUGUCCUUCAGCGGCUAACAGGACCUGAAGCCUCCCCACAGGUCCCCGCUGUUUCCGCCGGUGCCCCCUCGGAGUGACUUGGGCCCCAGAGAUGGCAAAUCCCGAGGUGCUGGUUAGCAGCUGCAGAGCUCGCCAAGAUGAAAGCCCCUGCACUUUCCACCCGAGCUCGUCCCCGUCAGAGCAGCUUCUCUUAGAAGACCAGAUGAGGCGGAAACUCAAGUUCUUUUUUAUGAAUCCUUGUGAGAAGUUCUGGGCUCGGGGUAGGAAGCCAUGGAAACUUGCCAUACAGAUUCUGAAAAUCGCGAUGGUGACUAUCCAGCUGGUUCUGUUUGGACUAAGUAACCAGAUGGUAGUAGCUUUCAAAGAGGAGAACACUAUAGCCUUCAAACACCUCUUCCUAAAGGGCUACAUGGAUCGAAUGGACGACACCUAUGCAGUGUACACUCAGAGUGAAGUGUAUGACCAGAUCAUCUUUGCAGUGACCCAGUACUUGCAGCUUCAGAACAUCUCCGUGGGCAAUCACGCUUAUGAGAACAAGGGGACUAAGCAGUCGGCGAUGGCAAUCUGUCAGCACUUCUACAGGCAAGGAACCAUCUGCCCCGGGAACGACACCUUUGACAUCGAUCCAGAAGUUGAAACAGAAUGUUUCCUUGUAGAGCCAGAUGAAGCUUCCCACCUUGGAACGCCUGGAGAAAAUAAACUCAACCUGAGCCUGGACUUCCACAGACUUCUGACGGUGGAGCUCCAGUUUAAGCUCAAAGCCAUCAAUCUGCAGACAGUUCGACACCAGGAGCUUCCUGACUGUUACGACUUUACGCUGACUAUAACAUUCGACAACAAGGCUCACAGUGGAAGAAUCAAAAUAAGCUUAGACAACGACAUUUCUAUCAAAGAAUGCAAAGACUGGCAUGUGUCUGGAUCAAUUCAGAAGAACACACACUACAUGAUGAUCUUUGAUGCCUUUGUCAUUCUGACCUGCUUGGCCUCACUGGUGCUGUGUGCCAGGUCUGUGAUUAGGGGUCUUCAGCUUCAGCAGGAGUUUGUCAACUUCUUCCUUCUUCACUACAAGAAGGAAGUUUCGGCCUCUGAUCAGAUGGAGUUCAUCAACGGGUGGUACAUUAUGAUCAUCAUUAGUGACAUAUUGACAAUCGUUGGAUCAGUUCUGAAAAUGGAAAUCCAAGCCAAGAGUCUCACAAGCUAUGAUGUCUGCAGCAUACUUCUCGGGACGUCAACUAUGCUCGUGUGGCUUGGAGUUAUCCGAUACCUGGGUUUCUUUGCGAAGUACAAUCUCCUUAUUCUGACCCUCCAGGCAGCGCUGCCCAACGUCAUGAGGUUCUGUUGCUGCGCUGCUAUGAUCUAUCUAGGCUAUUGCUUUUGCGGAUGGAUUGUGCUGGGCCCUUACCAUGAGAAGUUCCGUUCCCUGAACAGGGUCUCCGAGUGCCUGUUCUCGCUGAUAAACGGAGACGAUAUGUUUUCCACAUUUGCGAAAAUGCAGCAGAAGAGUUACCUGGUGUGGCUGUUCAGCCGAGUCUACCUGUACUCGUUCAUCAGCCUCUUCAUUUACAUGAUUCUGAGCCUUUUCAUCGCGCUCAUCACAGACACAUACGAAACAAUUAAGCACUACCAGCAAGAUGGCUUCCCAGAGACGGAACUUCGAAAGUUUAUAGCGGAAUGCAAAGACCUCCCCAACUCCGGAAAAUACAGAUUAGAAGAUGACCCUCCGGGUUCUUUACUCUGCUGCUGCAAAAAGUAACUGUUGGGCUUCUCUGUGCUUGGGAGGAAAAUACAGUGUGUGGCUGAGCCAGAGAUUAUUUGUGAUCACGCAACAGUAUAUGUCCAGAUACUAGUAUUCUGAGUUAACAAACAGCUAUGACUUAGCAGGACCUGUUCAUAGUUUUUGAAACUAUUUAAUAUCUUUUCUGCUUACAUUAGCAUUUUUAAAAUGACUGAUUUGAUGAGGGAAGCUAAUGGGUCUUAGUCGCUGUAGGUCUUGGGUAUGUUCUCUUUACCACACAGCAAGCCUUGUGCCUGCACUGGAAAUAAGCUUUCGCUUCUCAGAAACUUUGGAUGACCCAGUUCCCCUCUCUGAGAGUUGGGAUAAUUAUUACACAUCAGACACCAUGGAGUCUCUCCUUAAAUGAAGACAGAACAAUAGAGAGCCCCAUCACAGCUGUGUGUGGGAUGCUUGGCUCUGAAGGACAGUCUUUGAUUCUCCUAUUCAUUUAGAAGCUUUCUGCCCUUCAGUGUUAAGGUACAAGAUUGGAAGAGAGUCUAUACACGGAUGAAGUCCAAAUGCACACCAAGGAGGCAUUUGAUUAAACAGUGAUGGCUUUAUUAGCAUCCAAGCAGCAUUGGGGGAAUUGGUGAUACAAUGUGUGUUCCAUGGGCCUGUGCAGUCUCAGGAAACCCAUUUGGGGUCAGGAUUUGUGGCUCUGUGGUUUGAAGUUCUAGAACCCAUGUUCAAAAUUUUAAAAUGAAUAUAUGUAGCUUGAAAAGGCACAGAAUUAGGCUCUACAUUUUGUAGUUCUCUAAUGGGAAAUUAUGGGGAUUUUUUUGUGGUAUAACAUUUAUUUUGUGUACUAUUUAUCCAUGUGGCAUCAAUUCAAUUAUGUAUAAUAAUGACUUUACAAGGGCUCCUUUAAAAACACAAUAAAAAUUUUAACUCUUUAGUGUUGCAUUAGGGACAUAAUAAAGAUACCUGCUUAUUUUGUAAUUUAUUAGGAUACAACAUAAAUUUUAAAACUGUGUUGAUUAUCUGAGAAGUCCUUAAUGUUAUUCUUUUUGCGAUGUUUUAAGACUAAUAAUUGUAUUUCAUUGGAAACACAAAACCACUGAUCCAGGGCUGGGCCUGGAGUUGCUUCCCUGUGCAUGCAGAGAAGAGAAAGCUAGCUAUAGACUAACAGGAUUGGAGAGCUCUGGGUUUAAUGGAGAGAACCUGCCUCAAUAAAUUAAGUGGAGAGCAA